ACUCGUACCUUAAUAAAUAACAAACAUCACCAGAUGAUCUUAUGACUUAUUCCAACUGAGGAAAUAUUUGUCGAAAGAUCAUGGAAGCUUUUCCCUUUAUGUUUGAUGCGAUUCGUUAGAAAUUAGGUACCGAACCGUUGAUUAAAUAAUACAUUAAACUUACUAUUAUUCCGAACAACCCUCUUUCCUGAUAAAGAAUUGACUGACAGAGCAGCAGGCAAUUAUAAGAAUAUUAAAUAGCAGUUCGAUGAAGACUUUUAUUUGUUCAGAUUUGACAUAAAAAAGUAUAAAAACUCGAGAAAGCAAGAAAAUAAAUCAUAAUCAUCUUCUCAUCUCUAAUCAACAAGUUCAUCAGAAAAAAAACAAAAUGAAUCGUAUUUUUGGUUUUUUUACAUUAAUUUGUGUUGCAAUAACAACAACUCAGUAUGCCGAAGUAAACGCUUUACCUGCCCCAAUGGAUCCUGGACGAUUGGGCAUGACAAUGACAAUGGAUGCUGGUAAACUAAUGCGAAGCGUAACUGAGAUGGAAUUCGAUGGACCCAACCAAGACAACAAACCUGAGGAUGACGAUACCGAAGACUUUGAUGAGCCCGAUUCGGAUCCAUCUAAUGAAGAACAAACCGUAGAAUCAGAAGAAAAUGGAAACAGAGCAGGACAAACCGCAAAAUCAACAUCAACUAGUUCAUCUACUGCUGCUGACUCAAGUUCAUCAGAUUCAUCAGGUUCACAGGAUGGCUCAUCGGGAAACGGAGAGGAUGCUUCAUCAUCAUCAACAAAUAAUGCUGCCGGUGCCGCUUCUUCUUCAGCAUCAUCUGCUGGUAAAGGACAAAACAAUGGAUCAAGACCAUCUAACAACGGACAAUCAUCAUCAGAAUCAGCAGGAUCAGGAUCAUCGGCGACUGCUUCAUCUACUGCUGCUACUGGCUCAUCAGGUUCAUCAAGUUCAGAUAACGGUUCAUCAGGCGAAGUGAACAACAGUCAAUCAUCAUCAAGAUCAUCAAGACCAUCAGGACCAGAAUCAACAGCUGCUGUUUCCUCUGCUGCUUCAUCCAAUGCUGGCUCAGAAUCUUCAGAAACAAGACCAUCUACUGGUAAGAGACAAAACAAUGGAUCAGGAGCAUCUAACAACGGUCAAUCAUCAUCAGGAUCAUCAGGAACAGGAUCAUCAGCUGGUUCAUCAUCAUCUGCUGCUGCUGCUUCAUCUGCUGCUGCUGCUGGCUCAGGUUCAUCAGGUUCAGGAAAUGGUUCAGAUAACGGUUCAUCAGGCAAAGGAAACAAUGCUUCAUCAUCAUCAUCAACAACAUCAUCAGGCAACGCAAAUGACUCUGCUGCUGCUACUGCUGCUAAUGCUGCUGCUGCUUCAGCUGCCGCUGCUUCUGCCGCUGCCGCUGCUGCUGGUUCUUCAGGAUCAUCUACUGGUAAAGGACAAAACAAUGGAUCAGGAGCAUCUAACAACGGUCAAUCAUCAUCAGGAUCAUCAGGAACAGGAUCAUCAGCUGGUUCAUCAUCAUCUGCUGCUGCUUCAUCUGCUGCUGCUGCUGGCUCAGGUUCAUCAGGUUCAGGAAAUGGUUCAGAUAACGGUUCAUCAGGCAAAGGAAACAAUGCUUCAUCAUCAUCAUCAUCAACAUCAUCAGGCAACGCAAAUGACUCUGCUGCUGCUACUGCUGCUAAUGCUGCUGCUGCUUCAGCUGCCGCUGCUUCUGCCGCUGCCGCUGCUGCUGGUUCUUCAGGAUCAUCUACUGGUAAAGGACAAAACAAUGGAUCAGGAGCAUCUAACAACGGUCAAUCAUCAUCAGGAUCAUCAGGAACAGGAUCAUCAGCUGGUUCAUCAUCAUCUGCUGCUGCUUCAUCUGCUGCUGCUGCUGGCUCAGGUUCAUCAGGUUCAGGAAAUGGUUCAGAUAACGGUUCAUCAGGCAAAGGAAACAAUGCUUCAUCAUCAUCAUCAUCAACAUCAUCAGGCAACGCAAAUGACUCUGCUGCUGCUACUGCUGCUAAUGCUGCUGCUGCUUCAGCUGCCGCUGCUUCUGCCGCUGCCGCUGCUGCUGGUUCUUCAGGAUCAUCCACUGGUAAAGGACAAAACAAUGGAUCAGGAGCAUCUAACAACGGUCAAUCAUCAUCAGGAUCAUCAGGAACAUCAGGAACAGGAUCAUCAGCUGGUUCAUCAUCAUCUGCUGCUGCUUCAUCUGCUGCUGCUGCUGGCUCAGGUUCAUCAGGUUCAGGAAAUGGUUCAGAUAACGGUUCAUCAGGCAAAGGAAACAAUGCUUCAUCAUCAUCAUCAUCAACAUCAUCAGGCAACGCAAAUGACUCUGCUGCUGCUACUGCUGCUAAUGCUGCUGCUGCUUCAGCUGCCGCUGCUUCUGCCGCUGCCGCUGCUGCUGGUUCUUCAGGAUCAUCUACUGGUAAAGGACAAAACAAUGGAUCAGGAGCAUCUAACAACGGUCAAUCAUCAUCAGGAUCAUCAGGAACAGGAUCAUCAGCUGGUUCAUCAUCAUCUGCUGCUUCAUCUGCUGCUGCUGCUGGCUCAGGUUCAUCAGGUUCAGGAAAUGGUUCAGAUAACGGUUCAUCAGGCAAAGGAAACAAUGCUUCAUCAUCAUCAUCAUCAACAUCAUCAGGCAACGCAAAUGACUCUGCUGCUGCUACUGCUGCUAAUGCUGCUGCUGCUUCAGCUGCCGCUGCUUCUGCCGCUGCCGCUGCUGCUGGUUCUUCAGGAUCAUCCACUGGUAAAGGACAAAACAAUGGAUCAGGAGCUGGCUCAGGUUCAUCAGGUUCAGGAAAUGGUUCAGAUAACGGUUCAUCAGGCAAAGGAAACAAUGCUUCAUCAUCAUCAUCAUCAACAUCAUCAGGCAACGCAAAUGACUCUGCUGCUGCUACUGCUGCUAAUGCUGCUUCAGCCGCUGCUUCUGCCGCUGCCGCUGCUGCUGGUUCUUCAGGAUCAUCUACUGGUAAAGGACAAAACAAUGGAUCAGGAGCAUCUAACAACGGUCAAUCAUCAUCAGGAUCAUCAGGAACAGGAUCAUCAGCUGGUUCAUCAUCAUCUGCUGCUGCUUCAUCUGCUGCUGCUGCUGGCUCAGGUUCAUCAGGUUCAGGAAAUGGUUCAGAUAACGGUUCAUCAGGCAAAGGAAACAAUGCUUCAUCAUCAUCAUCAUCAACAUCAUCAGGCAACGCAAAUGACUCUGCUGCUGCUACUGCUGCUAAUGCUGCUGCUGGUUCUUCAGGAUCAUCUACUGGUAAAGGACAAAACAAUGGAUCAGGAGCAUCUAACAACGGUCAAUCAUCAUCAGGAUCAUCAGGAACAGGAUCAUCAGCUGGUUCAUCAUCAUCAUCAUCUGCUGCUGCUUCAUCUGCUGCUGCUGCUGGCUCAGGUUCAUCAGGUUCAGGAAAUGGUUCAGAUAACGGUUCAUCAGGCAAAGGAAACAAUGCUUCAUCAUCAUCAUCAUCAACAUCAUCAGUCAACGCAAAUGACUCUGCUGCUGCUACUGCUGCUAAUGCUGCUGCUGCUUCAGCUGCCGCUGCUUCUGCCGCUGCCGCUGCUGCUGGUUCUUCAGGAUCAUCUACUGGUAAAGGACAAAACAAUGGAUCAGGAGCAUCUAACAACGGUCAAUCAUCAUCAGGAUCAUCAGGAACAGGAUCAUCAGCUGGUUCAUCAUCAUCUGCUGCUGCUGCUUCAUCUGCUGCUGCUGGCUCAGGUUCAUCAGGUUCAGGAAAUGGUUCAGAUAACGGUUCAUCAGGCAAAGGAAACAAUGCUUCAUCAUCAUCAUCAACAACAUCAUCAGGCAACGCAAAUGACUCUGCUGCUGCUACUGCUGCUAAUGCUGCUGCUGCUUCAGCUGCCGCUGCUUCUGCCGCUGCCGCUGCUGCUGGUUCUUCAGGAUCAUCCACUACACGAACAGGAUCAUCAGCUGGUUCAUCAUCAUCUGCUGCUGCUUCAUCUGCUGCUGCUGCUGGCUCAGGUUCAUCAGGUUCAGGAAAUGGUUCAGAUAACGGUUCAUCAGGCAAAGGAAACAAUGCUUCAUCAUCAUCAUCAUCAACAUCAUCAGGCAACGCAAAUGACUCUGCUGCUUCAGCUGCCGCUGCCGCUGCUGCUGGUUCUUCAGGAUCAUCUACUGGUAAAGGACAAAACAAUGGAUCAGGAGCAUCUAACAACGGUCAAUCAUCAUCAGGAUCAUCAGGAACAGGAUCAUCAGCUGGUUCAUCAUCAUCUGCUGCUGCUUCAUCUGCU